AACUGCGCGCGACUUGAAUGAGGGUGGCGGUGUUGAGCUGUCAGUCAAACCGAAAGCAAAAAAGCCUAUAUAAACACUCACACACUCACACCAUCCUCACACUAACAAUCUGAGCCUCGAUCUCUGGAUAUUUAUUUUCACUAAAUACAGCAAAUAGCUUUCACAUCUGCACUUUUUUAAAAUGGGCGUCUUCUUCUCUCACAUUUUCUCACGUCUCUUUGAGAAAAAAGAGAUGAGGUUGCUUAUGGUUGGUCUGGAUGCAGCAGGGAAAACAACAGUCCUCUACAAACUCAAACUUGGUGAAGUUGUCACAACUAUUCCAACUCUAGGUUUUAACGUUGAGACAGUUGAAUAUAAAAACAUCUCUUUCACGGUUUGGGAUGUCGGGGGUCAGGACAUUAUCAGACGCCUCUGGAGACAUUACUAUCAGAACACUAAGGGUCUGAUCUUUGUGGUGGACAGCAGUGAUCAGGACAGGAUUGAAACGGCAGCAGAGGAGCUGAAAAUGAUGCUGGCGGAGGAUGAGAUGAGAGACGUUGUUCUGUUAGUUCUCGCUAACAAGCAGGAUUUACCCAAAGCCAUGGCGGUCCACGAGCUGACAGAGAGACUGGGUUUACACGCACUGAGAGGAAGACAGUGGUUCGUUCAGCCCACAUGUGCGGUUCAAGGGUCAGGGUUAUAUGAAGGACUGGAUUGGCUCUCGGAUCAACUGUCCAAACGAUAAAACACUACAGAAGAAAAUACACUAAAUCACAACUGAAUGUAUAUAUUAUGUCUCCAGAUUUUUUAUUUUUAUUAUGAGAUAUUCAUGGAUUAUUAUUAUUCAUCUUUAUAUGUAAUUCACUGUAUAUUUAAUUUACUACUAUAAAGACAUUUUUUAAUUAUUUCUGUACAUGUCUGCCUACAAAAUGUGCCUUUCAAAUAUCUUCAAUAAACAAUGUAUUUAUUUACAAAAUGA